CCUGCUAGGUACUCUACAUUGAUUUGCUGUCCUACGCUGCCAUUUUUGGGUAGUUCUAGAUGAGGAAUGAUGCAAGGUCCCAUCGGUGGACGUUGGUCUCAUCAAAUGUCUAUCACCGGCCAUUCCUUUUCCGCGUAGACGAUGGCGGGUGAACUUGACCUUGUUAGUUAAGAUGAUGUUAGGACAAGGAAUUGUUCAUUGGUUGCUCGGCUGCGGGCUGUGGGCUAUAAUGGAGUACAAAGUGACACCCACUAGGUAUCACCAGAGGCAAAGUGUAGACGGGUAUAAAGACUUACAGCCUUCAGUCCCAUUGUUCUCCUCCGCUUGUUUUUGUCCCUGUCUCACUCCGACUUUUAAACGCACAAAAGCUCUGCGCAAAUAAAUACACACGGUUUCCCCAGUAGUUUCCAAAUAAAUUCCCAAGCUACACCAUCCUUUGGAGGCCACAACAUCAAUAAGCUACCUGAUACGCAAACCACAAAUUGUGACGAGACUCGAACAACCGAAACUCUAUCAUAAUCUACUAUCGCAUACUCAUACCUCGGCAAAAUGCGUGUGUCUAAUAUUAUCUCGCUCGCUACCAUUGGUGCUUCUGGUGUCUUAGCCCAGGACAACGUUACCGGCCAACUAGGUGAUGCCGCUGUAACUACUGGCAACCCCAUCGGAAAAACAGCCGUUGCUACAUUACCAGAAGAGGCAUUCUGGAAAGGAAGCCUUAAUGGUAAUGUAAGGGGCUCCGUCGUGGCCAAGUCCGGUGCAAACGGCGAAGGUGUCGACUAUGAAGUAUCGUUCUCGAACUUGCCUCAGGAGGGUGGGCCGUUUAUCUACCACAUCCACGUCGCCCCUGUCCCAGAAGACGGCAACUGUACCAGCACGCUUGGCCACCUUGACCAAUAUAUCCGAGGCGAAACCCCCUCUUGCGACUCGGCACGUCCAGCGUCGUGCCAACAGGGAGACCUAAGCGGGAAAUAUGGAAAGAUCCAAAGCUCAGAGCCGUUCACUGCCAAGUAUCACGACCCGUACACGUCCCUGAGCGAGGGUGCCGGCUCGUACUUCGGCAACCGAAGCGUAGUAUUCCACUUCGCAAACAAGACCCGUAUCUCUUGCGCAAACUUCUCCGUGCUCGGCUCGAACACCACCGUACCGUACCCUACUGGCACCGGUAGCGUUACCAAGACCACGCCCGCGCCUACUGCCUCGCCGAGUAUUCCUAUCACUAAUGCAGGCAGUGUGCUGGACGUCGUCAAGAACCUAGCCAUCGCUCCUGUUGUUGCAGGCUUCCUCGCUCUGCUAUAAGACACAACAAGCAUAUUAGAUUCAAUUAAUUAUUAUCAACUGAGGUUUACUUCGGAGUCGACCGCAGUUGAAAUUUAAUUUGCAUGGAUUGGCGUUACGGGGAUGGUGGUUGAUUUUUGGGAACUAAUAUCCAACGAUAUCUUGACAUCCUCUAAUAUUAAAAGAACUGAUGGGAUGAGAGAUAAUUUCAUUAUACGCGUAUGAUGCUCACGGCCGGCGAGAAAACAUUCCAUAGUAAAUAUUACCUAGUCUAACAAUAUUUUUUCCCCCAUUCCUUGCAUAUACAUUGCAUUGAUCGCAUCACUCGCCUUAUUCAACACUAUACUGUGGAUAUUGGGCUCUUAACCAGAGUGUUAGUUCGAAGAGGAGUGAUACGAUAUGAUUGAAUCCUAC